AUGACGUCGAUUUCCAGACAUGUCGUCGUCUACGCGGGGCUCGGCGUCGGGCCCGCGCCCGAGAUCCAGGAGAAGACGCACGUCGCGGCGAUGCCAAGGCGCGUGCUGGACUCCACAGCCUCGAUGCUCAACUGGCUGCAACUGCGCACCGUCGUGACGGGCGCCCGCGACGCGCCGCGCCUGCCGCCGCUGACCGAGUCGCAGCUGCGGAUGUACCACGCGGGCGUGCCCACCACCUCGGGCGCCGCGGAGGCCGCCUGCACCAACUUUGCGGGGGAGUCGUGGUCCAACCCCGGCGUGAACGCCGCCGCGUGGACGCCGGACGGCCGCCGCCUCCUCGUCGGGCACCACAACGGGGAGUGGCGGCUCAUCCACGGCCAGGAGUUCGGGAUGGACCAGCGCGUGGGCACCUCGACGACCCCGAUCUGGGACAUGCGCUGGCUCCGGAGCGGCGAGUACGUGCUGUACUGCACGUCCACGGGCGAGGUGGUCAUCAUGCGCCCGCAGCCGGGGCUGGCCGUGAAACGGUACUUCAAGGCGCGCCGCGACGCCAUCCGCGCGCUCGCGGUCGCGCCGUCGGACCGGAAGUUCGCGACGGCCUCGGACGACUCGACCGUCGCGGUGUGGGACCUCGCGCGCGCCCUGUCGGGGCGCGACGGCGAGGAGGAGAGGGCGCUCGACUGCGCGAUGACGGGGCACGGCGGGGACGUGAAGACGUGCGACUGGCACCCGACGAAGGCGCUGAUCGCGUCGGGGGGCAAGGACGGCCUCGUGAAGCUGUGGGACCCGCGGUGCGGGCAGGCGGUGGGCUCGCUGCACGCGCACCGCGCCACCGUGGGGUCCGUGCGGUGGAACCCGUCGAGCGCGGACAUGCUGGCGUCCGGGGGCAAGGACAGGACGGUGCGGGUGUGGGACAUUCGGGCGAACAAGGAGGUGUGCAAGUUCGAGUCGACGACGGUGGAGAUCACGGCGAUGGCGUGGCACCCGCUGCAGGAGGCGCUGUUGUGCUCGGGGGGGUACGAUCGAAGGUUCGGGUCGGUGUCGAUGCACUACUGGCAGCUGGGGUGCCCCGCGCCGAUCGCGGAGGUGCCGCAGCCGCACACGGGCGCGCUGCGGUGCCUGGCGUGGCACCCCCUGGGCCACAUGAUUGCGUCGGGGGGCACGGAUGACGCGACCGACAGACCGGGGGGGUCUGUGCGGUUCUGGUCGAGGGCGCGCACGGGGUGGACCUGGCGCAUCAAGUCCGGCACGGCCGGCGUGGCGCCUGCGCACGCGCACAACGUCGCGGCCAGGGCUGCGCCGGCACGGGCUGCACGCGCGGACGACAGCGACAGCGACAACGAAGCCGUGCCUGGCAUGCUCGCCGGCGAAGCCGCGUCGAACGUGGACCUGAAGGAGAUCCUGGCCGCCGUGCGGUCCGUGCCCGCGGCGGAGGUGGCGGCCCUGGCCCGCCAGCGGGCGAGCGGACGGGCGGCCCUGGUCCGGCGCGAGGAGGGGGGGGGAGGGGUUUCGGGGGUGUUCCGUGCCACCGGUGCGGGCAGAUAG